GUUUUCCUGGUAUUAAACUAUGACUACUUGUUGACUAACAGAGAAUCAAUGUUUCAAAGGUUGAUGUGAUGUUUCAGUGCUCUGCGGGACACUGACCCACAGACCACACAAACUGCACACAUCUCUCUGACUGAAAACUCACCACUGUCUGCUCAGGAUGAGGGCUGCUGACUGGCUGUUACCUUUGGCGUUCCUGCCAUUCCUCUUUGACACCAUCCGUCCAGACAUUUGCAAUGCCAAACCCAAGGACCUUCCUCUGGAGCCACGCUGCAUCUACCGCAGUGCUGAAUCUGAGGUCCCUGAGGACCCGACCCAAGAGCCCGAGGUGGUGCCAGAGUCCACCAACCCCCGAGUGUGGGAGCUGUCAAAGGCCAACAGCCGCUUUGCCUUGUCACUGUACAAACAGAUGGCCCUCAGCAAGACUCCCGAGUCCAACAUCUUCAUGUCCCCCAUCAGCGUCUCCACGGCAUUCGCCAUGACCAAACUGGGAGCCUGCAACCAGACGCUGCAGCAGAUCAUGGAGGUGUUUGAGUUCAACACCAUCAAAGAGAAGACGUCUGAUCAGGUCCACUUCUUCUUUGCCAAACUGAACUGCCGUCUGUACAGGAAGAAGGACGAGACCACCGAGCUGAUCUCUGCCAACCGACUGUUCGGAGAAAAAUCACUCGUCUUCAAUGAGACAUACCAGGACAUUAGCGAGACAGUCUACGGAGCCAAAUUGCUGCCUCUCAACUUCAAGGAGAACCCCGAGAUGGCCCGAGUCACCAUCAACAACUGGAUCUCCAAUAAGACGGAGAACCGGAUCCAGGACACACUGCCACAGGGAGCGCUGGACUCCACCACCGUCCUGGUCCUGGUCAACACCAUCUACUUCAAGGGUCAGUGGAAGAACAAGUUUGACAAAGACAAUGUGUUCGCCUCAGACUUCCACGUAAGCAAGAGCCGCAGCUGUCCAGUCAACAUGAUGUACCAGGAGGCCAAGUUCAGGUACAAGUACUUCCCUGAUGAUGAGGUGCAGCUGCUGGAGAUGCCGUACCGAGGAGACGACAUCACUAUGGUGAUCAUCCUGCCCAAGAGAGACACUCCACUCAGUAGGGUGGAGGAGAGUCUGGACCUGAAGAAACUGAGUGGCUGGUUGGAUCAGAUGGAGGAAACCACCGUCUCCAUCCACAUCCCUCGCUUCAGGGUGGGGGACAGCUUCAGUCUGAAGGAGAAGCUGCAGGCCAUGGGACUGACCGACCUGUUCAGCUCUGAGAAGGCCAGCUUGCCAGGGAUGCUGGCGGACGGCAGUGAUGCUCUCUACAUCUCAGACGCCUACCACAAAGCUUUCCUGGAGGUGAAUGAGGAGGGCAGCGAGGCGGCUGCAGCUACUGCUGUGGUGGCCAUUGGACGCUCCAUUAACCCGUUCAGAGAGGUGUUUCUGGUUGAUCGGCCGUUCCUGCUGCUCAUUAGAGAGUCAACAAUCAACACACUGCUGUUUACCGGCCGCGUGGCUGACCCUUGCAAUGAAUAAAAACAGCCCAACAGACGCUGCUGUGAGCAUCACGGCUGCUUUAUUAUGAGUUCAAUGUCAUCAAAAUAUACAAACUAUGUCAACAUUUUCAUGUGUAACAAGCCAGCAAACAUGGUAAAGAAUGGUGUAAAAAUGGCACCAGCUGACUUAGUGGUAGUAUUUUUACAUGUGUGUUCAGUGACUGCACAUUCUGCAGCAUGAGCCAUCAUACAGCUCAGAUAAAUAGCAGUUUGUAGCUAAUUUAGUUACAUGUGUGAUUAAUCAAAUCCACUGUAAGAAUGCGAUGCAGUCAACUAUACUGAAAGGUAACCAAUGCAUGCACAUUGUAGUUACUUUAGGGCUUCAGCAGAAAAAAACAGAUCAAUGUAUUUUCAAAUCAGUUAAAUUUGUAGUGUUUGUUUCAAUGUGGUACUUUCAGCUUCUAACUUCAUUUUCAGUUGACCCUUUACUAAGAGCCCUUAGAGCAGCCGCUGUCUAAUCCUACAUUGGUAACCAAACCUUGGUGAGGGAGGCUUGCCGAGCUUUCAAAGACAGAAAAUGCAUUUGGAUUAAAUAAAGUGGAAGACGUCAGUCACAGGAGAAUCUAUCAAAGAUCAACAGAAGCUCAUAGCUUGGCACAUGGUUGUUAAAAGAUGGAUGUAGCCACCAUACUGUAUUGAAAGAAGAACUUAAAAUUAGUGAUCAAAAUGAUAACGUAAUUAGAAAAAUGUUUACUGAACUAAUAAAUUAAAAGUAGAGUGAAUUUAUCAUAGACUUCUAGUAAAUCAGAUUUCUCAUUGAAACCAGAGGAUUUGCCCCCUGGCUGUUAGAAACGAAUACAGGUAUAAGGGACUUAUGCACUGGCCUCACUUUUCAGACCCAGUGACCACAUCCAUCCAUCCAUCCAUUAUCUAUACACCGCUUAAUCCUCACUAGGGUCGCGGGGGGUGCUGGAGCCUAUCCCAGCUGACUCGGGCGAAGGCAGGGGACACCCUAGACAGGUCGCCAGUCUGUCGCAGGGCCACAUACAAAGACAAACAAGCACUCUCACAUUCACACCUACGGGCAAUUUAGAGUAAUCAAUUAACCUCAGCAUAUUUUUGGACUGUGGGAGGAAGCCGGAGUACCCGGAGAAAACCCACGCAUGCACAGGGAGAACAUGCAAACUCCAUGCAGAAAGAUCCCGGGAAAGCCGGGACGCGAACCAGGGACCUUCUUGCUGCAAGGCGAAAGUGCUAACCACUACGCCACUGUGCAGCCCUGACCACAUCCAACUUUUGUAUAAAAGAUCUGAUUGAAACUAAAUGUUAGCUUGAAAUAAAAUUCUGUAGACUUACCCUGCUGUGCAAGAAUACUGUGGUUGAUGUAUGUAUUUGUUCUGUAGAGCACAUGAACUGUCAAGACGUGGGGUGCUAAACAGACAGCUUUCGUUACAAUUCAAUUUUAUUUAUAUUGCGCCAAUUACAAUUCAAGUUCUCUCAAGAUGCUUUAUAGAACCCAUAUGCCUGAACCCCCAGAGCAGCCCUAAGACAACAGUGGCAAGAAAAAACUCCCUUUUAACAGGAAGAAACCUUGAGCAGAAUCUGGCUCAUAUGGGGCGACCCAUCUACAAUUACAAUUAUACAGAAGUCUGUUUGAAAACAACACUUGAUCUGUCAGUUUAGCAUUCAUGCUCCAAAUCAGUUUCUCAUUUCAAUUGCUAACUUUAAGUCUUGUUCAAUACAGUGUGGAAUUAAUGUGGAAUAUUACAGUCCUGUUUAUAGGAAAAGAGUUAAUAGAGUAUGUUUAGGGUCAAGGUCAAAGGCCAAAGUCAAGGAUUCAAAAUGGUCGUCCAUUAAACAAGAGGUAAUGAAAUGCCUAAGGCCACCUUCUAUAUUCAGUCAACACACCUGGUAACUGCAGAAAUACUUCCUGGGGUGUAGAUAGCCCUGUUAACAAGUUAUAACGUUCAUCAAUACACUGUCAGGAAUAGAGCUGUAUAUUGGGAUUUUUUCAUAUGACUGAAAGCUUAUUUUUCUGCGUAGUGUCACCAUGAAAGCAGUGUAAUAAAUGCUGGUACACAAAGAGACGAGUCACUGCAGUUUGACACUUAAAGUGCUUUAUUUCCUUGGAAGGAGAUGCGACCUGUGAGUGAUCUAGUGGUCAUAGUGAAAGGAGCUUCUUCACAUUUUCUAAACUAAUGGACCUUUGGCCUCACCCCACCCACCCCCUCCACCAACAGGUUUUAGCAACAGAGACAUGCAACAUAAAAGAUCUUAACAUAAAACCUUUUAGGUUUGUCUACUACAGAACUUGUUAAGUACCUCCUCGUUAAAAAAAAAUGUACAAUAAUAAAGUUAAUUUACUAAACUCCA